CACAUUCAAGUAUUCCGUAAUGCAACCAAAGAACACACCGCAUCAAAGACACGCGCUGUUUUCCGUUCUCGGGCCAAUUUAUUGAAAUGAACGGAUAAAAUGGGAUUCUGCGGUUUCAAGCGCCGAGCCAAUAUGUUGUGCAGAUGUUUUUGCUUCGCUUGUUAAUUUUGUAUUUAGCUCCUAGAACCCUUUCAACAUUUCUUUUUAGUGUAACAAAUGAAUGUUUUGUUAAUAUCAUUAUUAAAUUAAGGAUUUCAUAUCAUCACUAAUAUCACAUAAUCGCUAGUAAAUAACAAUAAAGUAAAGAUUUAGGUAUAAAACCGCGCGUUUUCCAAUUUUUCGGUUUCAGUGGUGUCUUUCAUUUGAACAACGAUUAAAAGAUCAUUCAACACAAAAUAAAACAGAUUUUUAAGCUGAUUAAUUACGGAACGUAACUUAUAGUUUACUGCUGCAAAUCAUAGUUUCAGUCGAAUGAUCAUCACUCACCACUAUGAAUUCAGUGAAGGCAGGCAUCUGGGCCAUACGGUACAUCCCAAAUAACUGGGAAAACAUAACGGUUCAUUAAACAGAAACUGCCGUAGGCGCUGCGCAAACAUGAAACAUUUUAUCUUGUACUGUAUUCACACAACGACGCCAUGCUCCGCCCUGCGAGUCACCGUCGAAAUCAAACGUUAUUCCUUACAUCAAUUUUACUCAAUAUAUUUAUAACGGUGGCUUCCAACGCAAGACACAAAAGGUACCUUAUAUAUCCAGACGGGGGACCUGCCAGAGCACAGUUUAUCAUAGGUUUGGGUAUUCCAGUAGAUUUGAAAGAGCAGGCAGUCACAGUAGGAACAGUAAUUAAAUUUCAAUACAACCUGCCGACGAACAGUUCAGAGUACACGAGCAGAAUAUAUGGUUUUGCAAACACAGUAUCCGCUAGGGAUAAUAUCGCAAAUUCAGACAACAAUGAUAAUGAUAUUAAGGACGACGAUUCUAGAAAUUUAGUUGACGAAAAUGAUGACGGCUUUGAUGAAAGUAAUAAUGAUACCCUUGUUGAUAUAACAUUCGAAGGGGAAAGAAGACGAAGGUCUUUGAUGUAUGCAGAAGGUGGUUCUAUGCUUGAUGUAGAUCAAAAUGAUAGCACAGAUAUUUCACUGGAAGAAGCUAUUGAACGACAAGAAAAAAUAGAUCAAAAUUAUUUAGACCCACAAGAACCACAGAGAAUGAACAGAUGGGAUUUUUACAAAAUACUGGAACACAUGUCUGAAAGGUACGGCUAUUCAGGCAGACCUUGCUUGCUGCGAACAAUCUGUGAAGCGGCCGAGGUCCCAUUCACCCACGAAAAUGGUUUGCUAGCUGAAAUUGGUCAUAUACUUUUCACGCCGUCAACUACAAAGGACACGUUAUCACACCACACAGACAACGAGUACCAUGCUGCUGAGCGGCUCGGCAGGGACACGGGAGUUGACUGCGAGUCGCUGUUCCCGGAAUGUGAAGGCUCCAUCCUGGAAACUUUCACGGAGAUAGGGGAGAGCACGCUCCACAGUUUUGGUUUUUGAUGGUUUUUAUUGUAUGUAAAUAAAUAAUAUUCGUUGUU